AAUGUGUUCAUCAUGUCGGGAGGAUUGAUUUCAAUAUCGUUAGCUUUGAUUAUUUCAAUAUUACCGCAUAUUACGUAUUGCUCCACAAAGGAAUUACGUGUGGUAGGAGGUACUAAUGCUGCUGUAAAUAGUGCACCGUUUAUAGUGUCCUUCCAACAGGAUGGUGUACACUAUUGUGCGGGCAGUAUUCUUAAUGCAAAUUGGAUAGUUACAGCUGCCCACUGUCUAAGUUCGAAAGCGCUGGUCUUGAGCACUACUCUAGUAGCGGGAAGUGUUAAUGUGGCUGGUACGGCAGCUACAACACAAACCCGUUCCAUUGAUAGCUAUGUGGUAAAUGAUUUAUAUUUGGGUGGCACCUCUCCCUAUGAUAUCGGUUUGGUCUAUACAUCCAAUGCCUUUAGCUGGUCAAAUGCUGUUGCCCCAAUUAGUCUACCAGCUAGUGGUAGCACACCAACAGGUGAUGCUUUACUCUACGGUUGGGGUAGUAUUUCCACAACUAAUACUGCCGAUUAUCCCACAACCCUACAAGUAGCAACAGUUCCGAUUAUAUCACAAAGUUCAUGUGAGUCUGCUUUGGGCAGUCAGGGAUCGAAUGUUCACGAUACAAAUCUAUGUACAGGACCACUUACCGGUGGUGUUGGCAUUUGUACUUCAGAUUCUGGUGGUCCUUUAGUGCAGAGUGUUAAUGGUGAGAAUUUGUUGAUUGGUAUAGUUUCAUGGGGAAAAUUACCUUGCGGCCAGGCUAAUUCUCCAUCGGUAUAUGUAAAAGUUUCAUCGUUCAUUUCGUGGAUAUCUGCCAAUCAGGUUGUAACAUCCUAAUAAAAUAUUGUGUAAGGAAAUUAAUACAUAUUUCGCAAUUAAUGCGUGGUUAUUAAUAAAAAAAUAUAAAUGAGA